AUGUCAACUACCACAAGCAAUAAGAGUAGUGGAAGUAAAGGUAGAAGAAGAACAAUACUACUGGGGGAAGUUGAAUUAUUAUUUGUUAAAUCUAAAGUCUAUCUUCAUCCAACGCCAUCCAAACGAGAUAACAUUGGAGGAUAUCUUUCAUUAUCAAGACCUUCAAAUGCAACCAAUUUAGACAUUUUAUUAUCAUUCACACCAGAAGCUCAAUUAUCUACUCAAGAAAAGAAGAUAUAUGACGAAGUAGAUAUUGAAGAUAUUGAAUUGGAUUUAGAUUCUUUAAAAUUAAGUCAUUCAAAAUUUGGUAAAGCAACAAGUUCAAGAAUUGUAUCUAAACCUCUGAGUUCUACUCUUAGUGGAUAUUCAUUCAGUGUUGCUCUUUCAUAUAUUUAUUCUAUCCAAUUUAGGAUUCCAUCUCAUGGAUAUUGGUUUGGAUCAAUAGUUAUUAAUACUCAAGAUGGUGAAAAGCUUCCUAUUGUAUUUUUCCAUGAUGAUGAAUCACCAUCAACUAUAAAGACCAAUAAAUUGAACAAUCAAAGAUUUGAUCCAUUUGGAGAUACUGGGGAAUUAUAUUGGGGUGGAAUUGAUUUCAGAAAGGCAUUGGAAACAUUUGUUAAUGUACAACGAUCAACUAUUGAAACGUCAGUUUAUUUGAUUAAUCCAGAAUCUAACGAUUUAAGGAAUUUUGCCCCAUUUAAGACAAAAGAAGAUAUAAAUAAGAAAAAGCAGCAACAACAGCAGCAAUCUUUGGAAUUACCAUUUAAAUUACCUGAUGUUAGUAAAUUCUUAACAACUGCAAAAUGGAAGGUAUUGGAAACAGUGGCAACUUUUUCUGCCAAAACCAAGAACCAAGUAUUGGAUAUAAUUGAAGAUACAGUCCCAACUCCAUUGAAAGGGAUCAUGUAUAUACCCGAAGUUAAACGAAUUGGAGAUGAUUUUGAUUCUGCAAGAGUUUAUUUAGCAAAAUGGGCCCAACAAGUUAAAGAAGAAGCCGAGGCAAGUCAAAGUAAAUACAUGCUUGAUGAUGACUUAUAUCAAAGGAUAAAUCGGGAAUUAAAAUCAAGUGAAAUGUUAACUCAAGAAGAAGUUAGUCAUACUUCAAGACGUCAAGAAAUUAAUAAACAAGAAUGGGAAAGUUUCUUUGAUUUCAGUGGAAGGUUAUGUAUCACUGUUGAUGAAGUAAAGAAUCGAAUCUUUCAUGGUGGGUUGGAGCCUUCGAUUAGGAAAGAAGCUUGGUUAUUCUUAUUGGGUGUAUAUCCUUGGGAUUCAUCUACUGAAGAAAGAGACGCUUUACGUAAUUCUUAUGAAACAAGUUAUGGUGAAUAUAAAUUGAAAUGGGUGAAUGAUGAAGAUAAACGAGCCACUGAAUUCUGGCAGGAUCAAAAACAUAGGAUUGAAAAGGACAUUAAUAGAACUGAUCGUAGUUUAGAAAUCUUCAAGAAUCCAAAGAAGAAGAAGACGACUCCAACAACCGAAGGUGCGGAAGAUACUGCAGAUAACAAUAAACCAUCUCGAGAAUCAUCACCCGAGACACCAGAUGAAGAAGAUAUGGAUGAUGAAUUUGAUAUUUCAAAUAUUAGGAAUCCUCAUUUAUACGCUAUGAGAGAAAUUCUUUUGACAUAUAAUGAAUAUAAUGAAAAUCUCGGAUAUGUUCAAGGAAUGACUGAUUUGUUAUCACCAUUGUAUGUUACGUUCCAAGAUGAAGUGAUCACAUUCUGGGCGUUUACUAAGUUUAUGGAUCGAAUGGAACGAAACUUUGUUCGUGAUCAAAGUGGUAUGAAGAAUCAAUUAACUACUUUGAAUAAAUUAUUACAAUUUAUGUUACCUAAUUUAUAUAAACAUUUGGAAAUAUGUCAAUCGAUUGAUUUAUUUUUCUUUUUCAGGAUGUUAUUAGUUUGGUUUAAACGUGAAUUAGAAUGGGAUCAAGUAUUAAGAUUAUGGGAAAUACUUUGGACCGAUUAUUAUUCAUCACAAUUUCAUUUAUUUUUCGCCCUUUCAGUCUUGAGUGAUAACGAAAGAAUAAUUAUCCAGAAUUUACGUCAAUUCGAUGAAGUUUUGAAGUAUAUGAAUGAUUUAUCAAUGAAGCUUCAUUUAGGUCCAUUGUUGAUUAGAAGUGAAUUGUUGUUUUUGAAAUUUAAGAGGAUGUUAGAUAUUAUUGAUAGAGAUAAUAGCUUGAAAAAAAUCAAAGCUGACCCAUAUGCGGCAGAUAAUGCUACAGCUGGCGACGGUGAUGGUUCAACUGCCGUUGCUGGUUCUAGUAGCGCAAGACAACCAGACGGCCAAGCAAAGGGCGUCAUUGUCGUCGGGAACGAAUUAAGAGAAUUAUUAAAGAAAGAGAUUAUUAUUCAAAAGGAAGUCGAAAGGCCAGAAGGCGUGGGUGGAGGAUAG